AAAACACGAAAAAAAGCCGAGAAUGUUAUGAAACACGAGCAAGGAGUUAUUUUAAAAGUGGCAGCUCUCCCCGUCCCGAUCCCAGUCCUUCGUGGUAAUGCGUCAUACGUCGCGUCCAAUCCAAAUAUCGACAUUGAUGUCGCAAGAAAGAGAAGACCAAGUGCUAUGAUGAAAACACCCGACGUCACUUUGGUCAGAGGAAACUCGGUGAGUGGUGGGGCUAAAGUAGAAGUGCAAAUCAAUACAAUUCAGCCGAUUGUCAAAGAAAGACCAGCCGAAAAAGAUGGUGUCGCCACCACAAGACAGAUCCCAGUCGUUAUGGUCCAAGAAAGAUCAAAGUCACCAAAAAUGCCUCAUUUCCAACAGAAAAAUAGUCCAACACCGGGAAAGAGAAGGCUCUCCUUGAACUCAAUCAGAGGGAAGAAGAACGAGGGGUAUGGCACACUCGAUGAAUAA